CCUUCUCCGCGCUGACCCUUCCGAUCGCGACGCAUUUCUCCGGCCUGGACGACCGAACCGUUGAACCGCAGAUCGCGACAUUACCCCGAGUCCCUUGAGUCUCCGGUGAUUCCGUGCGGCCCCGUUAGCCUGGUGGUGGGUUCCUGUUGAUCCCAUCAAUCCUCGUCCGCCCACUCCAACUUCAGCGCUCGCGAUCCCGACGAUAACCACGCCUCGGAGAAGACACUCCUCCCUUCAAUCAAGGACCAGACACAUCCUCGAGCAUAAUGGCCUCCAGCUUCUCUGUAUGCCGGCUUCCGGCCGCGCUUGCCCGCCGCCAAUCCCGGGUCCUCAGCACUUCCAAGCGUCUGGCCUCCACCUCAGCCCCUCAAUUCCAAAACCCCGCCUACCCACUGUAUCCGUCCGUCAUCCAACUCCUCCACGAAAAGGGCAUCCCGGAGUCCGAAGUGUCGAAGAUCCCCGCGUCCGGCCCCAAAGGCCGUCUCCUGAAGGGCGACGUCCUCGCCUACCUGGGGUCCAUUCCCGCUGACUACCCCUCCGCGCAAGCGGCGCGCCUCGACAAGCUCGCUCACCUCGACCUGAGCAACAUCAAGAUCGCCGCGCCAGUCAAGCCCGCGGAGCCCGCCCCCGCCGUUGAGAAGCCCGUUGCCCGCCCGCCGCCGACCACCUCGGUCGCCAUUUCCGUAUCUCUGGCUGCUGUGCUGUCCGUUCAGAAGAAGAUCCAAGAAACGCUGGGCGUUACGGUGCCGCUAUCGACGUUCCUGGCCCGUGCCACGGACCUGGCCAACGACCACCUGCCUCGGUCUUCGCGCGAGACCCCCUCCGCCGACGAGCUGUUCGCCGAGAUCCUGGGCGUGGAGCCAGUCAAGACCUCCCGGGGCGAGUACAUCCCUGAGCUGAACGCUGAGACGGCUCAGCCGGUUAAGCGUGUGCAGAAGGAGGCGGAUCUGAUUGACUUUUUGAGCGGAAAGGUAGCCAAGAAGGCUGCCGCGACUGUCGCGGAGCCAGUGGUUGAACAGGCAGCGAACGUGUUUAGCCUGACGGUCCCCGUUACCGAGGAGAAGAGGGCGAAGGUUUUCUUGGAUCGCGUGAAGGAGCUUUUGACCGUUGAGCCUGGCAGGCUGGUUCUAUAGAUCUUAUCCGACAUUUCCUUCUUCUCCUUUUUUUCUUUCCAUUUCGUGCUUAUAAACAUCAAGAAAGUAAUGAAAUAACCCCCACUUUUCCGUGGGACUUGGUCAUUGGUGGUGGAACCCAAACCGAACUA